UUACCCUCUCCCCCUUCCCUUCUCUAUUAUCUCUUUCAUAUGUCAUUUUGAACACAAUUUCAUCUUUGAUUCUCCUCCCUCUGGCUUUCUUUCAUUCAAUCUCUCUCUCUCUAAACCCCCUCUGAAAAGGGGGUAUUUGCUUCAAGAAUCAGAAACCUGAUUCUGAUUGAUCGUUUGUUCCAAGAAAAGAAAGACCAAGUCUUUUUUAUCAUCUUUUCGGAAAACCGUUUCAUAAUCUUCUUAUACUUGUUAAUCGUAGAUCCAUCGCCUAUAAUCUGCCUUCGUUUUUCUCUCUGGUUUCUUGAAAAUCUUGUGUUAUUUUCUUGGUGGUUGGUGUAAUGCAAGGACAGAGGGGUGCGAUUGGUUCGUUUCCAGAAACCUUAGGAUUCGAUCAUGGUUCAGGAUCAAGUGAUGGAGAUCAGCAAAUUUGCUGGGAAAACAACCUGCAAAACUCGCCAUCAAACCGGCUAUCGGAUUAUAUGUCGUCUGCCAAUGGAAGUGAUCUAUUUUUGGAGUCUACAAAUCAAGAAGGGCAGGGCAUAAGUAUGUGGACGGUAGGUGAGGCUGGUUCGAGUUCUGGAACGAACCAAGUUAGUCAUGGUCAGAUUGAACCGAGACCAGACCGUGGGUGGCCGGCUCUAAUGAAGUCCUGCCCUGAACCAUCAGCAAGAAUGCUACAAUUGGGUGAUCAUGGUUCUUCAGUUCCUCAUAAUGUGCCUUUGACUUCGUUAGAGACGUUUAGUGGGUCGGCUACUGCUAGUAGUUCAUCGUUUUCGGACCCUUUUGGACCGUCAUCCGACCCUUUUGAAAUGGAUGAUCGUCGGUUAUCUCGGAAAAGAAAAGCUGUAGAAUUAAGUGUUGGACAAUCGUCUUCCGGAAUCGGAAGUUCGAACACGUUAGAAAGACCCGAGGGUGGUUCGACCAUGUGGCAGACGAUCGCUGAAAACCCUCCUUCGGAUAACCAGAUCAUUCCGAGACUCGGAUUGGGUGUUUCUGGACUUCCUUUUGAGAACCCGGUUGCAGAAAACACUCGUAGAAACGUUCAGUUGCGGAUUAGUUCUUCCCGUCAACAAGAUCCGUUGCUGGCGAAUAGUAGCAACAGACAAUCGGAUAUAUCGGCUCUUUAUCCAUCUUUGAGACUUAAUCCUGUAGAUUUUAGAUCACUACCUGUACCAGCAACAGCGGAAAAUUCGAAUUCAUCAAGUCAUCAAGGACAGCCGGUUCUCCGGAUUCCGGCAUUGAGAAGAAAUUUUCAGUCAAGUUCCAGGUGGAGUCGGAGUUCUAGCUCCCGAAACAAUCGAUCAUCAAAUCUUGUGAUUCCCGAGCGGAAUGAAGUUGAUUCAAGAGCGAUACCAUCCAACAUUUCCGAUCAUCCUCUAUUUGCCCAACCAACUGAAAUCAACUGGAGUGCAAAUGGUGGUGGUGGAACUAUAAGCAAUGCUGGAAAUGGUAUUGCGGCCACCUCUUCUCAGGCGGCACCCACUCCAUUAUCUGCAGCACCGAAUUCAUCUGCUCACCGGAAUCAGUCACAUUAUAAUCCUCGGAGAUUAUCUGCAUUUCUCCGGCGAUCUUUGCUGUCUGCAACUGAUUCAGAGGCUGCAGGUGGUCUGAACAGUAAUAUUUUCCCUAGAAUUCCUCCAUCUGCGAGUAGUUCCCAAGAUUUAGGAAUCCCAUCUGCAGUUAGCAUUCAAGGUCAUCAUCAGCAACAACAACCUCACUUGCGGACGUCCUCGGUGCUGGUGGGCAGACAGCUUGAGGGUGCUUUCGGUUUCCCCUAUCUUUCACGUUCAAUGAUGGCUGGAAGUGAAGGAAGAGGCAGAUUAGUAUCUGAGAUUCGCAAUGUGUUGGAUCUUAUGCGCAGGGGCGAACCUUUGCGAUUUGAGGAUAUUAUGCUCUUAGAUCAGUCGGUCUUCUAUGGGAUUGCGGAUGUUCACGAUAGGCAUAGAGAUAUGCGGCUUGAUAUCGAUAAUAUGUCAUAUGAGGAGCUAUUGGCGUUGGAGGAACGCAUCGGAAACGUGAACACCGGAUUAACCGAAGAUGCGAUUUCAAAGCAUCUCAAACAGAAACAGUACGUGACUGUAACAGGUCAGCCCGAUGCAGAACCAUGCUGCGUAUGUCAGGAGGAAUACAAGAACGGGGACGAUCUUGGAACGUUGGAGUGUGGGCAUGAGUUCCAUCACGGUUGCAUCAAACAAUGGUUGCAACACAAGAACUCGUGCCCGAUUUGCAAGUCGACGGGCUUCGGUGCGCCGUGAAGGGGCGAUGGAAAAUGGGGUAGGAAGAGCAUACCAUUACCAUACCAUUGGGGGCAUUAAGAGGUCUGGUUUAUGUUGUUAUUUUUUGGAUUCAUGAACCAAAAUUAAGGAAAAGGGAAGGAAAGACACAACUUAUGUCGAUUUUCCAUUUAUUUAUUAUUAUUAUUAUGCUCAUCACCAAGUUCAAAGUUUUGUAGUUGCUCUCUUUGUUUUAAGUUCAAAGUAUAUACUCCA